CUUUUAUCUUUUCAUUGUUCCUUAUCGACCACCCUCUCCGUCGAGGAUAGAUUCGUCCUUCACACAGAGCUAAGCCAACCCCUGAUAUCGCUGCUCUCGUGCCACGCUUGCGGAGCGUAAGACUUUGGACUACGCCAGCUUUUCUCUUUUUUUCCUCCCCGAGGGAAAGGAAAGAGGUCCCAACGCCGAUAGAGAAGGGAGUCACCCAAUUAGCAUACUCGUCUCCUGAGCUCACCAUGCCGGUCGUAUCAGCCGCCCGCUACGGAAAGGACAAUGUCCGCGUGUACAAGGUCCACCGGGACGAGGCGUCGGGCACGCAUACGGUGACGGAGAUGACGGUCUGCUGCCUGCUGGAGGGCGAGAUCGAGCGCUCGUACACGGAGGCGGACAACAGCGUCGUCGUGGCCACCGACUCGAUCAAGAACACCAUCUACAUCAAGGCCAAGGAGCACCCGGUGAACCCGCCCGAGCUGUACGCGAGCCUCCUCGGCCGGCACUUCCUCGACACGUACGCGCACAUCACCGUCGCCAACGUCAGCAUCUCCGUCAAGCGGUGGACCCGCAUCGUCGUCGACGGCAAGGAGCACCCGCACAGCUUCUACCGCGACGGCGACGAGACGCGCAACGUCGAGGCCCGCGUCACCCGCGACGGCGUCGCCCUGACCAGCGGCAUCGGCGGCCUGCUCGUGCUCAAGAGCACCGGGUCCGCCUUCCACGGCUUCGUCCGCGACGAGUUCACCACCCUGGCCGAGACCUGGGACCGCAUCCUCUCCACCGACAUCGACGCCACCUGGACCUGGAAGACCUUCGCCGACCCUGCUGCCGUCGCCGACGGCGUCGCCCGCUUCGACGCCGCCUGGCAGGACGCCCGCCGCAUCUCUCUCAAGACCUUCGCCGAGGAGAGCAGCCCUUCGGUCCAGAACACUAUGUACAAGAUGGCCGAGCAGAUCCUCGCUGCUGCCCCCGACGUCGCGUCCGUGACCUACGCCCUGCCCAACAAGCACUACUUCGAGAUCGACCUGUCAUGGCACAAGGGCCUCAAAAACACCGGUAAAGAUGCCGAGGUAUACGCUCCUCAGUCCGGACCCAACGGGCUCAUCAAGGUCGAAGUAUCACGCGAUUAGACUACCUACCUACCUCUUUAUACCUAGUCUUUCUAGCUCCCCUUCUCUCUCUUUCUCUCUCUAGAUCUAUCGCCCCCCGCCCCCCCCCCCCGUGUGGUUUUAUAAAUAAAUCAUGUCUCCGGCGUUCGUAUGGUGGAUUA